AUUACAUAGUCAUUAGUUAGAAAUAUCAGUAAAAUGCCUCUCGAAAUUAAAGUGAAGACUAAUGGACAUGCAAAUAGGAUUUUACAAGACUUGAACAGAAGCAGAAAGGAAACUCGAGAUCAUUGUGAUUUUAUGAUCAUAGCUGGCUCUGAAGAAAUCCCAGUUCAUAAGAAUAUCAUAUCUGUAGGAUCUGAUUAUUUCAGAGCAAUGCUGGCUCAUAAUAAUGCUGAGACAGCGUCUGGUAAAGUGGAAAUGAAAGAAGUUGAUCCUUUAUCCCUGCAACAAUGCAUAGAAUACAUUUACACUGGUGAAUUAUCUACUACUGAUGAAAAUGCUGAGUCUUUGAUGUUUGUGGCUGAAUUACUGCAGUUGAAAGAUGUCUGUGAAGGAAUUGUUGAUUCACUUGAAGAAAAUCUUGAAUCAUCUGCAGAAUCAUUCUUUGUGACAAAAAGAAUCGCAAACCUGUACAAUUACAAAGAAUUGAUGCAAAAAUGCGAGAAGUUCAUGCUGGAUAAAUUUGAAGAAAUUGCGGUUCUUGAUGAGUUCAAGGCAAUAGAGGAAAAGGAAUUUGUUAGAUUGAUCAAGUCACAAGAGAACAAGGCAUCAGAGAGUGUCAAGCUAAAAGGUUUGAUAUCUUGGAUAAAAUACGAGCAAAGAAAUCGCAAAAAACUUCUGAAAAAAUUGGACAACUACGUUGAUUUGCAUAAAGUACCAGUGACUUAUAGAAGAUUCCUCGUUGAAAACGAGCCAAUGGUAAAGUCUUGUCCUGAAUGCUCUCACACUCUACUCAUAUCUGUGAUGGACAGCUUAAACGUUGGUGCUUCAGAUGUUCACUCUGCUGAGAAUAUAAAACAAGAAGGAAAAGAAGCAAUUGCAGUGUUUGAUUGUAAUUCAAAGAGCCUACAAUGCUUUGAUCCUCGGAAUAGUUCUUGGACAAAAAUGCAGAACAUGACUGGAUCAGAAACUGACUUUUCUGCUGUGGCUCUUGGUGACUACAUUUAUGUUCUCAUGAUUGAUCGAUCUGUUCAUCGACUGAAAUACUCAGAUCGUGAAGCUACUUGGGAGAGAAUGAAUGAUAUGAUGUAUGACCAUGGGUCUUGUCCUCCUAUUACUGUUUUGUCUGGAAACCUCUACGUUGUUGGUUCUUCCGGUGGUUACUCAAAAUCAGUUGAAAUGUUCGAGCCAUCAAGCAACAAAUGGGAAAAAGUAAAAGACAAAAAUCUCAACAGUACAAAUUCAACAGCACUGGGUGCUGGAGGUUUUAUAUACAGCAUUGGUGGUUAUGUAUCAGGUCGUUCGACCAACCAAGUAGAAAGAUUUGACCCAACAUCAUCAACUUGGUCAUUUGUUGCAUCCAUUAAUGAAGCAAAGGAAUUUGUCGCAGCUGUUGAAAAUGAAGGAAAAAUAUAUGUUCUAGGUGGAUAUGUGAACAAUCACUUGACAACUGUUGAACGAUAUGAUAUUUCAACGAACGUGUGGUCCACGAUAACUCCCAUGUUAACGAAGCGGAGCUGGUUUAGUGCUUUUGUGAUUGAUUCAAAUAUUUACGCAAUUGGAGGAAGGAACAGUUCACCAGAAAGCAUGGAGAAGUUUGAUUUCAAGAAGAAUCAAUGGGAGAUGAGUGUCAUGGAGAACAUGAAUCUGAAUAUACUCGAUGCAGUGAAAAUUAAUUUGAAGUGAUUUGAUUGUAUAUUACAGAGAAUAGUUAGUUAACAUUAAAGGACGUAUUAGUAUCUUAUGGUUGUGAUCUUAUUAUUAUGGAAUUUUAUGAUAGAUAUUCGACAUUUAAUAGGUGCUCGUGUUACCACUGAGUGAAUUUUGUACUUCUAUAAUGAUUUCUUGCAUUACUUACCGUAAUUAAUUUAUAUAGUUUUCUUAAAUGCAAUUAGUCAAUGACAUUGCCUAGAAACUUCAACUCACUGGACAUAGCUAUGUUUACUACUAAUGUGAAGAAAUAUUUUUAAAUGAUUUGUUUGUAUUAAAUACCCUAUAUUUGUUUGUAGCAUUUUUUUAUGUGAAUUCCGAUUAUGACAGUGUGUAGUCGGACAGAAUUGAUGCCCAUAUAAAAAACGAUUGUUGGUUGAUGGACAUUUUCACUCCUGCUCUCAGUGACAGGAAAACAGAGUUUAUAAAUCUUACAAGUCCAUGCUUCCGAAAACAAACAAUACAGUAAAAACUAAUCCCAUACCCGACUUGGAAUGGUAACCGGACGAGAGGCCGUGGUUCGCCAUAGGGAUAAGCCGUCUUAUCGCCUUUCCUCUCCCCCGGGAUAAAUAUGUAAAUCCUAUCCUAUCCUAUCAUUGGCCUCGACUCCUCAGCCCUGAUUUAGCUUGCUUAUCAUUUAAAGUUAAUCUUUAGCAAAUUGGAGUGGGAUUCUAUAUCCUUGUUAUACAAAAUUUGUCACCAAAUAUCAUAAAUCAUUGGAAGCGAAUGUUAUAUAUAGCCAGUGGCCAGUAAAAAUUAGGUUGAUUUAUUAUUCCUAUUCAGUUUUUAAUGCCAUUCGAUAUUAUCUGGGUAUGAUAUAUUGUCUUGUGCAUUCUUCAAGCGGUUUCUUCUUCAAUUGAAUUCACUUAUCAUUUCUUAAUUAAAAUCAGUGAAUGAAUUGCAAUUUAUAAAUUAGCAGAUGCCUUUUCCGCACAAUAUAAUAUAUUCAAUAUAGUUUUACUUUAAACAAACCUUUUUCAGUGCUAUCUGCAAAAUACUUAUACAAUAAAUUACAUUCAUCUUGUAUGUAUGUAUGUUGUGGUUAUUAAAGUUUAUUCCUGCUUCCAAUAUAUUCGAUGAUGAUUAUUUUUUUUUCAUCUUUGCUGUAUAUUUUAUCUCAUAUAUGCAAUCAAUACUUUACUACCAUGCAUCUAACGCUGAAUUCAAUUCUUCACUUUUUAUCAGUUUUUAAAAUCCACUGCAUGAUCCGCCGCUC